GCGGGUGCCAUGAAGCUCGCUUGGCUUAGACGGAGACGGGCAAGUAAUGCCAAGGCCUUUGAUCACAUUGGCCCAUCGCCACCGUCUACCCCCAGCACCCGGGCCGCUGGUCGCCAAUGGACGCCCUCCGAAGGGGAAGGGGAAGAGAAUGAUGUGAAUCUGUUGGAGGAUCUUCCAUUGAACCUGAAAAGCCCCCAGGGCCCCCAGGGCCCCCAGCUACCAUCUCUGACGGAUCGUCAUACCGACAGGAUGGCAAGAAGUGCACCGGUGAAGAGAAACGGCACAGGGAGCAUCACUCUCAGCUCAGUCAAAGCUGUUGCUAGUGCUUCUGUGAAUGGCCGGAACAGCGACACUCUCAGUGACUUUCAGAAGGGGGAUCAACGUCGGCUGUCCUUGCCAUGCCCGAUGCCCAAGUCGUUCUCCUACAGUGGAGAUGAUUUGAGCGAAAUCGUUGAAGCCAUUGAGAGCGAAGCACCUACUCUGGACUGGUUCAGAGAUCUUUGGGUUCAUUUGUUGGCAGGCAAACGAAGUGGAAUGGUGAAACUUCCGGUCAAGUCUCUCGGGGGAUGGGUGCAAGUGUACAAUAGCUGGCAAGCCUUAGGCAAUUGGAGCCCUGGAGAUGCUCCAGUGCUGCUGGACGCUGCUCAGUUGCAAGCCGUAACUGCGUCCCCAAAACUGAAAGUCAUGGAGUGGAUGAAAGUGUUUGGUGGCACUGGUGGCACCAAGUCUGGAGCAGUGAAGCUUAACAUGCCGAUGUUUCUUUGCACAUGCAUCCUCCUUGCAAACACCAUUUCCAAGAAGCAGAAGCUGCGUUUCCUGCUGGGCAUCUUUGAUGAAAACGACAGUGGCACCUUUGAUCAGGAUAAGUUUCGGUCCUUCAUCUCUGCGUUCUUCCAGGGCCUUCAGUUGAACUUUGGCCUUCAGCUGAAAAACCGAGGCAGUGAGAUUUGCCUUUUGUCUAAGACGCUCUUGGCCCGCAGCGGAGUGCAUGGCUCGCUGUCACUUAAGUCUCAGUUGGAGCACUUGGAGCGCUGGCUCUUGGGCGAGACGGGGGAUCCUUUGGCCAUUCCAUUCGCUCUGUUCCUAGAGCGACAUUCGGGAAGCGGGGAUGAUCCAGAAUUCUUCCUACCGGAGGAGAAGAAAUUCAGGCUGUCUCACAGAUCUUUGGUGGAUCCCCCUAUGGAGCUUGCACUGGCACUUGAUGCCAGCUUUCUUCAGCGGAGUGAGAUGCAGGUGAUCCGUGAGAUUUUCCGACAUUGUGAGUCCAGACACUGCUUUGAUAUCUCUCAUUUGGAAGCAGAGCGGGUCACCAGACUGGAGAUCAACCCCAAUCUCUGGUGCAACAAGCUUGCUCGAGCAUUGGAACAGGUAGAAAUCCAUCGUCAAAACGGCCGAAAAAUCUCGAUGGAGAUGUUUCUCAGGCAACUCUGCCCUAGGGCAGAUGCACAUCAUCUUCUGAUGUUCCAGUCGUGGAUGAGAGAGGUAGAAGAUAAGGAGAAGCUGCAAGAGCGAAUUGCACGAUGUCGUGAGGUGCUGGACACUUUCGAGGAAUAUCAAAGCCUGCCUUUGCUGGAUCAAGCUGAGAAAGUGAAUCUCUUGAAGGACUACGAAUUUCUUGAGUUUGAGCUUCAGACCUCCCGUUCGCUUGAGUCUUUGGUGCCAGCCUCCAGCCAUUUGUUGCGGUUUGAGCAGGAGAUGAUAGAAGGAAAGCUGAGUCAGGACGCAAUCUUGAUGCUCAUGUGUCCUCCAGGCUUUCGGCAUGCCAGCCCCAACUGGCUGGACCUUGUGGUUGAAGCGUUCCUGAAGAUGGAGGCAGCCCAUGAGCAACAGCGCUUCGCUCAAACGGAGUUCCUGUUUGCCCCGACGAAUUCCAUCAAGAGGUCGUUCUACAAAGCCAGGGUUCCAGCCCAUGUGCUCGCGCUGUGGCAUAGCUUCUUGGAAGCCUUGGAUCCGGAGAAGAGUGGUUGGGUGACCUAUAAGCAGAUGUUAAUUUCGGGCUUAUGUCCGGAGGUGGCCGGCUUCAUGUGCCAUGAAUUGGGGGAACAGGAGGCCUUCUCUGGCGAGGCAUUCUUGGCGGAGAUGAUGAAAAUUCAUCAUGUGAGACCCUGAAGAUAUCUCACUAGCAAGUCUCACAAGCUGCUGCUUGGGUUUUUCCACGUUUUUUUCAUGCACAGGACAGUCAUGGGCAAUCUGGGCCAUUCCGGCUUUGCUUGAUCGGUUCUAUGAGAAGGUGUUGGAAUGUCGCACUGUGUGCCGAUGGUCCAGAGUAGCGAAAUCGCUAUUGCCAUUUGUUCAAAAAAUCAGUACCCAAGCCAGCAGUUGCUUCUACAAGUUGUUACUUUGCAGCAAGAACAGUUUGCAGCAAGAACGCCAACUAUUGGCGGUUUCUUCCCCCUUCCUUCCAUUUGAAAUACGCAUCCUCAGUGCUGGUUUUCGCCAUAGGUCAAACACUUGUUGGCCAUGGAAAUUUAUGAGUUCUUGCGUCUUCGUUUUCACAGUAGCCUUAAAUGAAGACUAUAUGUACAGAUGUAGGAUGUAGGUGUUGCUUUCAUGUUUUCCCCCAGCCAGCAGUGUCGAGGUGGAUGUUCGGCAUGUCUCAAAAAAAGAGCUUUCGUUCU